AUGGCAAAUGUAGUAGCGGAUGCGUUAAGCAGAAAGUCAGCAGGAAGUCUCGCGCAUGUUGCAACAACAUGGCGGAGAUCAUUAGUCAAAGAAAUUCAUACGAUGUUCAGUCAAGGAGUUAGAUUCGAGCCGUUACCUAUUCUGGAAUGGAAAUGGGAACAAAUCAUGAUGGAUUUCGUAAUCGGAUUGCCUAAAACGCAGAAGGGUUUUGACUCCAUCUGGGUAAUUGUGGACCGUUUGACGAAGUCGGCGCACUUCAUACCUAUCAAGACGACGUAUUCUGCGGCAAGAUUAGCUCAGGAAUACAUCGAUAAGAUCAUUUCAGAGGUAGUUGGGAUACCUAUCUAUCUUCAGUCGAGUUUACUAACAACAACAUCUAUCACUCGAGCAUCGAUAUGGCUCCCUAUGAAGUCUUAUACGGACGCAAGUGUUGAUCCCCUAUCUGUUGGGAUGAAGUCGUCGACAGAAGAGCUACACGGACCCCAAAAGGAAAGACAUUGCAUUUCAAAUCGGGGACUAUGUAUUCCUCAAAGUAUAACCGAUGAAAGGAGUGAUUCGUUUCAGAAAGAAUGGCAAAUUGGCUCCGAGCUGGACUUGCCACCAGAGAUUUCGCAAGUUCAUCCUGUCUUCAGUAUUUCCAUGCUUCGGAAAUAUAUAUCAGAUCCCUCUCAAAUAAUCCAACCGCAAGUGGUGGACGUUAGUGAAGAACUGACCUAUGAGGAACAACUCCUGCAAAUCGUUCACAUGCAAAUACGACAACUGCGGACAAAGAAGAUUCCAAUGGUGAAAGUUCUUUGA